AUGCUCCUGGGAACACCGAGCCACUGUGCGGCUGCUGCGGCCGCGGCCGCGUUGGUCGCGUCCCAGAAAACAAAUGGCAAUGGGACGGAUUUUUCAAUCGCUGCCAUCAUGGCACGCAGUGGCAGCAGCUCCAGCCGGGAACCAUCGGAGCGAAGCAUCAGUCCGCUGUCGGUCGAUCGGUUCCCCGGAGAGCCCGAUGAUGACGUGGAUGUGGACGUGGAACAGUGCAGCGAUUCCGAGACCCGAGAGACCUCCAGUUCCAACAGCCGAACGCUGCGACCAAACCGUGGCCCGAAAUCACGCACCACGGCGAGUUCUCCGGCCCGCACCACCGCCAGUGCCUCGGACGAGGAAAGGCUUACACCGGAACCGGCACAGAGCAAGUCCACGAUCGUGGGGUCUUGUAACUGCGACGAGCUGCGGCCAGUGCAGUGUCACCUGGAGACCAAGGAGCUGUGGGACAAGUUCCACGAUCUCGGCACCGAGAUGAUCAUCACCAAGACGGGCAGGCGCAUGUUUCCGACGGUGCGCGUGUCCUUUUCGGGGCCGCUUCGACAGACGACGCCGGCCGACCGGUACGUGGUGCUGCUGGACGUCGUGCCGAUGGAUAGCCGGCGCUACCGGUACGCCUACCACCGCUCGUCCUGGCUGGUGGCCGGCAAGGCGGACCCACCACCCCCGGCCCGGCUGUACGCCCACCCGGACACCCCGAUCGGGCCGGACGCGCUCCGCAAGCAGGUCAUCUCGUUCGAGAAGGUGAAGCUCACCAACAACGAGAUGGACAAGAAUGGCCAAAUUGUACUCAACUCGAUGCAUCGCUACCAACCUCGGAUUCAUCUGGUCCGACUAGGGCCGGGACAGACCGCUCCCUGCUCGCCCAAGGAGCUGCAGGAGGUGGACCACAAAACGUACGUCUUUCCGGAGACCGUCUUCACCGCGGUGACGGCGUACCAGAAUCAGCUGAUCACGAAGCUGAAAAUCGAUUCCAACCCGUUCGCCAAAGGAUUCCGGGAUUCGUCGCGGUUGACCGACUUCGAUAGCUAUUCGGGCAUGGAUCCAAUGGAUGCGAUGCUGCUGGAGCAGCACCUUCGCUCCCCGAUGCGCCUCUUUCCGGAUCCGAUUGCGAUGGCCCAGUUCGCGUCCAACCACCAGGAUCCGGACGGGUCGCAAGCGGCGCUCAUCGAGAAGGCCCGCCAACACCUGCAGCUGUGGGGCCGUUCGCCGUACAGUGAGUUGCUGCUGCCUCAGAUGUACCAACGGCCUCCGGCCGGCCUUGGCGCCCUCAACCUGGGCCUCUGGCAAGCGACCGGUGGUCAGUGGCCACCUCAACUUCCGCACGGAUUUCUACAGCAAACGGCAUCGCUGGCGGCUGCCACCUCCGUCGGGACCUCGCGAACGCCACCUCCAGCAUCGGCACACCAUCACCCACCACCCACCAGUUCGACGCCGUCGCCCGGGGCCGGAUCACCCUCACCCAACGACCUGCGGACCCGCCACCUGAGCCGCUACAGUCCGUACCAGAUUCCGCCACAGCACUCGCAGCAUCCGCAGCAGCUCUCACCGCCGGCUGCCGGCUCAGCACCGGCCUCGACGUCGAGGAGUCCCUCCAACUAA